AGUGUAUUGAAAAAGGUUCGUGCCUUGCCGACGAGUUGAAGUCUUUUGUGUUCACGGAAUUGGCCCGAGGCCGCUGGGUCAGAGCUUUACUCCGCAGAUGGAGUAUGAUUUAAAUAACAAUAAAAACAAGUUUACCAUUCACUCGUUUAUCGAAAUAAAAAAAAUGGUAAAAGUAAAAGCUAUUUUAUUAUCGUACAUGCUGCGAUGGGCAAAACAUGAUUGCAAAUGUCACGUUCAUCAGUUUUGUUUUACAAUGCUGCUUGUUUGAACUGCAAUGAGAAAGGUAAUAAGUAAGAGUUAAUUCUGUUGAGAUGCAUUCUGUUGAGUGUUGUAUGGACCAGUAGCAAAAUGAUCGUCGUGCGCGCUGUUAUCAUUUGGUGCUGUCUACUUUCUAUUGCUCGUGCUCGUCCCGCUUCCGUGCUCAGAACCAUUGGCAGACGUAAAGGAUCGCUAAGAGCUGUACCGAUUAAAAUUAAACGCCAAACAGACGAUCUGCAUCGGAGAUUGAUAGGAAUCGAUCCACCUCAUUACGGCAGCGAACAGUUCUCUGCCGAACGGCACAGUGACGAGUCGAUGCUACAGUUGCAGAAAAAAGCAUCCAUAGCAGAAAUUUUCCGGCACCGGCUGAUGGCAUGCGGCUUAAUAACGACCAAAUCUCCCGAGCGCUGGCGCGAUCGUUUGAUUGCCGAGCUGGACGAAAUAGUAACCGAGAUAGAGCAUCGGUGUGCGCUUUGCAAAACGCUGUACGAUGAGCCGUCCCGGUACGAUGUGCUGAGAAGCUUGAUCGAUCCGUGUCCAGCCUGCUGUCGGCGGAAAAACAACAAAAAGCAGCUUCUGCUCACACUUCAAAAAGUGUUGGAAAAAUCGCUCGACAGUGAACCGGGGCCGAGUGAAAGCAGUGCCGGAGCGGAAGAGGAAAAGGAAGGUCACGAUUCACACAUUUGGCCCAUUACGGAGAUACCGAAGAGUAGGAAGACGCGGAGUACCACCGAAACACCUAUGCCACCACUCCCAACGACCCAAUCGAUCGUGAGUGAUCGUGAGGGGGUUCGGGAUUUACAUACUGCCGAACAGAACCGUAAGCUAAAGACAUCCUGGUGGUCCCACCAUCCUACGAUACAAUCGCAAGGAUCACUUUACACGGCGGAAACGACAUCAAGCGCAAAUGAAACGGACGGCUCGGAGUAUGAUGGAAGACACGAACCGCAAGCCGUGCACGUGAUCAAUGGACAGCCGGUCGAUAAUGUGCACGAUUUUCUGCAGCAAUACAUGGACCUCGUGUACGGGGGGCUACCGGGCAAUGAGCAGCGGAAGCAGUUUUUUCUUGACCAGCUGUGCCGAAACGCAACCAACGGCAGGAUCGUGCUGCAGUGCCACGAUGGCGGCGCCGGGCAGCGGAAAACGCGUUUCACCUCCGAGUCCAGUGCUCAAGCGGCCGAAAAAGUAUCAGCUUGGCAUGUUGGUGAAGAUUCCGACGCCGCAAGUAACGUACAAAAAUCGCUACUUUUUACUACCCCCUCGUUGAAUGUGCUUAAGCCCAAAGUCAUGGGAUGCCAGUCGUGCUGGACGCUUGGUAGAAAACAGGCCCGAAUGGGAGGGACGCUAGUAUAGGCUGACCAUACCGUUCCGUAUUCAACGGAACAACACAGUUUUUUUUUAAACCAAUGGUGGAUAGCCAUUCGUAUAUGCAAGCAUUACUAAUUCGUCCCAUUGUAGGAUGUGCUGGUAUAAUGGACACUGAUUAAUUACAUUAUUCUUGCAGAGAUUAAGGAUU